CUUACAUCUGCUGUAAGUCAAGAUGAAUUUUUCCGUUGUCGUGAUCAUGCGGAAAGUGUAUUGAAGCGCUUGCAGUUAUAUUUGGAUAGUCAUCAGCUUUGCGAUGUAGUAUUAAUUGCUGGAAUCGACGGCAAGCGCCGCAUGAUGACACAUUAACGGAACAAAAUGGAAAAGAAACGAAUUGAAUUAGAAACAGCGAACGUCAAAAUGAAAUAUCUGAUCAGAAACGACAUACGAGGGAAAGUCAGAAAAUUUGUUGUUUAAAAAGUCAAAAACAACAAAUCGGUGAAAACGAGCAGACCGGACAGUGUCGCUUGUGCAGAAACGCGUAUCGAAAUUGGUGGAUAUUCCUUACUAUUUAAUACUUACAAUUAUUUACUAAAAAGCAAAAAAUAAGUGCAUUUAAGAAUUUGCAACAAGCAAUAAAUACAUUGUGAAAAUUAACGAAAACACGCGUGUGUGUGCGUGUUGUGCGCGAGUGCAAGUGUACGCAGAAAAUACAUACAGCAAAUUUAGUGAAGUUUACGGUGCAUCAGCGAAUUGUGCUAUUGUGUUGGCUGUGCAAAAAGAAAAAAUCUGGCUUCCCAAUAAAAUUUUGUGCAUUUGAAAGCCGUUUUUUAUAUAAAAAUAAAAGAGUUUUUGCAUUUUGCAUAUUGCUAUAUGUGUAUAAUUUUCACCAAUUGGGAGCGGUGCAAGUGUAUAGAGAAAAACAAACAAAAAAAAUCCAUGAAAAAAGGGAAGGGAAAUACAAACCAAAGAAGAAGCAGCAGCAUCAGCACUGUCGUCAAAAGACAUUAGUCGCUUGUUUCUCUUUGUAAAAUCUUGUUGGCGAAAAAUUACUGAUUGGAUUUACACAACGUUUGUGGUGUUGUUGGUGAAUCAGUGUAUAUGAAUCAGCAUCACCUGUUAUAAACGACUGAUAUAUAGCAUCUGCCUUUGGACCAGGUUUCCCCUUCAAUAAAUCAAUGAAAGCGUCAUCUGGCAUAACAAUAAAGCUGCUCAAUGUCCCAAAAGACAUUAUUUCAUGUCAGUGAAUUAUAAUUCGUCAUCGUUAAGGCGCGCAUAAAAGAAAAGUCAGCAAAACGGCGGUGGACGUACAUCUACAGCAGCUGCUCACUUUGGUGUACUUGUUGUGGCACAAUAACCUGAGCUCAGCAACUCGGGUCAAAGGCCCAGAACGCCAGCAACAGCAACAACUCAAUUGCGCCAGCGCCACUUACGACGCAACGGCUUCUUCAGCAGCAACAGCAGCAGCAGCAACGUCGUCACUGGCAACAUCUUCAAUAUCAACAAUAAUAACAACAACAACAUCAUCAGCAAGUGUAAUCUACAAAUACGCUAAUCAUCAUUAUAAUCCGGUAAAGCGCAAAGAAGCCAUUAGCAAAACUUAAGUGCUUGUCACAACGUUCGCACACAUCUACAUACAUACAUACACAUUCACUUUCGCUAGAGUUGGGCGCCGAGUCUUGUUGAAAAGCGCAGCAUUUGUGAAAAUAAAUCGCUUCCGCAUUUUCGUCUCUGCACCUUCACGCUUUUGAUCAACAACGUUGUCAGGCGGUAAGCAACAGAGUGGCGGCGGCAAUGACCCUAACCACUGCUACACAACCGGAGAGUAGCAAAAAAAUGGAUGCCAAAUGUGCGGCUGAGGAGAACUUACCAUCGUCAGAAAUGGAUCUAUUAGCCAAAUUGGAGGCAGCUAACAAGCUCAUCGAGAGCGACGCCAAGAGUUUGAAUUCGUUGCAUUCAACGCAUAGCCGCAAGAAUUCGGACACCAGUCAAAUCAGUCUGAAUUCAACUGGCAACUCGAAUGCUGAGGAAGACAUUUGGACGCAAUGGGCGACCAUAUUGAGCGAUUGGGAGGGUGCGCUCAAGCGUAAAAAUCCAUGUGUACGCGAACUGGUGCGUCGUGGCAUACCGCAUCACUUCCGCGCUAUUGUGUGGCAACAACUGUGUGGCGCCUCUGAUACGGAUAAAAAACAAUAUGCCGACUACAUUAAGGCCACAUCAGCCUGUGAGAAGGUCAUACGACGUGAUAUAGCACGCACCUAUCCAGAGGUGGAUUUUUUCAAAGAGAAAGAUGGUCCGGGUCAAGAGGCGCUCUUCAAUGUGAUUAAAGCAUAUUCGUUGCAUGAUCGUGAAGUUGGCUACUGCCAGGGAUCCGGUUUCAUUGUGGGUUUGCUGUUGAUGCAGAUGCCCGAAGAAGAAGCUUUUGCUGUGCUCGUACAAAUUAUGCAACAACAUCGCAUGCGCGACAUGUUCAAACCAUCAAUGUCGGAGUUAGGUCUGUGCAUGUAUCAGCUUGAAAGUUUGGUGCAGGAACAGAUACCCGAGAUGCAUAUACACUUUCAACAGCAGGGUUUCCAAACAACCAUGUAUGCUUCCAGCUGGUUCCUUACACUUUAUACCACUACACUCAAUCUAAAUCUAAGUUGUCGCAUAAUGGAUGUAUUCCUGAGCGAAGGCAUGGAGUUUAUAUUCAAAGUGGCGUUGGCGUUACUUCUGCUGGGCAAAGAGACGCUGCUGUGCUUGGACAUGGAGGCGAUGCUAAAGUUCUUCCAAAAGGAGCUGCCCGGCCGCGUCGAAGCAGAUCCUGAGGCAUUUUUCAAUUUAGCCUAUUCCAUUAAAAUCAACACGAAACGCAUGAAGAAAAUGGAAAAGGAAUAUCAAGACUUGAAAAAGAAGGAGCAAGAGGAAAUGGUAGAGUUGCGUCGUUUACGACGUGAGAAUCGUCUGUUGAAGCAGCGCAACGAUUUAUUAGAGGCUGAAAGCGCCGAACUGGCCGAUCGUUUGGUGCGCGGGCAGGUCUCACGCGCCGAGGAGGAGGAAACUAGUUAUGCUAUACAAACAGAGCUGAUGCAGCUGCGUCGCUCAUAUCUCGAAGUCUCACAUCAACUGGAAAACGCCAAUGAGGAAGUGCGUGGCUUGAGCUUACGUUUGCAGGAAAAUAAUGUUUCCAUCGAUAGUAACAAUUCACGUCAAUCAUCCAUCGAUGAGCUGUGCAUGAAGGAAGAGGCACUUAAGCAACGCGAUGAGAUGGUCUCAUGUCUACUCGAAGAACUGGUCAAGGUACGUCAAAGUUUGGCCGAGAGUGAGGAUCAAAUACGUAAUCUCAAGUCGAAAAUUGAAGAGCUGGAGGAGGACAAAAAGACACUACGCGAAACUACGCCCGACAAUUCGGUGGCACAUUUACAAGACGAACUGAUUGCCAGUAAAUUGCGCGAAGCCGAGGCUAGUCUCUCGCUAAAGGAUCUCAAACAACGCGUGCAAGAGUUGAGCACACAAUGGCAACGUCAACUGCAGGAAAACCGAAAUGAUCACAGUCAACAGCCCGUUGAUUCGACACCAAAGAAAUUACUCACGAAUUUCUUUGAUACUUCCAAGUCGAAUGAACACACGCAACGCUUGGAGGAAGACUUGAUGACGACACGUAUACGUGAAAUGGAAACGCUCACCGAGCUGAAGGAGUUGCGUUUGAAGGUUAUGGAGCUGGAAACGCAAGUGCAAGUGUCAACAAAUCAGCUGCGUCGUCAAGAUGAGGAGAAUAAGAAAUUACGUGAACAACUUGAACAGGCUGUAAGUCGUGAGAAGGAAAUGGCCAAUAAAGCGCGUGAGCAACAGCACAGAUAUUCUGACUUGGAAUCACGCAUGAAGGAUGAGCUGAUGAAUGUUAAAAUUAAGUUUACCGAACAAAGUCAGACUGUUGCUGAACUGAAACAGGAAAUAUCGCGAUUGGAAACAAAGAAUUCCGAAAUCUUAGCUGAAGGUGAACUGCGUUCCAAUUUGGAUGAAUCAGAUAAGGUGCGUGAUCUGCAGGAUCGUCUGGCUGAUCUCAAAGCAGAGUUAACCGCCAUACGAAGUCGUGGUAAAUAUCCAAUUAACAAACUGCGCAGCGGCUCGAUACAGUCGAUCGAAUCCAACGAGAUCGACUUCAAUGAGUUGAAUUUGCGGCGUGAGAGCGCCGAAUUGUCAACCACAUAAUACAUAAUGCGGCUGCAACGAGAGGAGUUAGCACACAAAUUGCGAGACACCAUUGCGCGUUUGUCGCGUUGAUAUUCGUCAUAUUUUUUAUCGCGUGGAUAUUAUUAUAUGUAGGCAGUUAUUGCGUGUAUAUUUUUAACAAACAAAAAAAGUGAAGACAUACUCCAAAUUAUUUGAUAUGAAAUGCAACAAAACUGCUAUUCGUAUUACGCAAAAGUAGAAAAUUCCAAAACAACAACAAUUAACUUAAAUUUAAAAUUAAAAUAAAUUAUAUUAUUUAAUUUCUACCAUACAUACAUAAUUAUGCAUUUAGAUGUAAGUAAGUUGAUUGCAUGUGUAUAUGAUGCUUUGCAGCGUUUAUGUUGUACUACCCUACUAUUAAAUAUUAUUAUUAUGAUUAUCAAUUAUUUUUUAUAUAUUUUAAAUAUUAUAAAUAAUUUGCUUGCUGCUGGCAUGCCAACAUUCAAAUUGUAUAUGUAGUAUGUAGUUAUGAUAUGUAUUAAUAAUUUAUUAGCAAUUUGUUAUAGCGACUAUACCAAUUGAUGAUUAUUGUAUUAUUAUUACUAUUCAUAUAUUUAAUUGUUGUAAUUCGAAACGAAAAAAAAUCUAAAUAUAAAUAAGUGUAUUUAUUUGUAAUACGCUAAUGCUAAACGCUCUAGCACACAUUUGUCUAAAUUUUUCAAACGCGCGCGCUUAAA